GAUGAAUAGACCAUAUGACCGGAGUAUGCACCGUGUCCAUUAUUACCGGGGGCAGAGGUGAAUCUUUGCAUAAGAUCGAAGCCCCCUCCUGUGCCUCAGCGUAGCGUCAUGUCGUAUGCCGAAGUAACAACUCCUCCAAAGACAUCCACCCCCUUCAACUUUGAACUCUGAAUACACCGCACAUUUCGCAUACACUCAUAUCCGAUACUCUGUUCAUCUCAAUGGGGUUUGCGACACACACACUGUCCAAGAAUCUGGCCAAAGGGAAAGAGCCAGCCCCCCAAAGACCGACGCGAACAAACAGCUGGGAUCGAGCCGUCAUAUUUGACCCCAGGAAAAACAGCGUUGAUAUCCGUAAGAAGAGCGAAGUCGCCAAAACGGUACAGAAUGGAGAUUUCCCUUGUCGAGAGAUCACAUUACCCAGGAAGACGAAAGAGCUGUCGCUUUUCGUAGGGCACGACGAUGAGACGGCGCUGAGGACUGAGAAUGAGCGCAAAACUGAUGACGUGUUCUUGGCUAGGCUCAACCUUGAUCACCUCGGCUUGUCAAACCGCGCGCGGCUUCGCCUUGGCUAUCUGAAGACACUGUACGUUUACAAUGGAAUUGCGUAACCUUGGUCCAGAGAAGUGUUUCCUUUCGGCUUCUUUUUUUUGUUUCUUCAUGUAGUUUACAAUCAUUGUUCUCAGCGAGGACAUGAUUAUGUAUAUUAAUGAUGGGCGAAAGUGGAGUUCUUUCUGAUUGCGCAGGCGUCCUUGAGUAAGCGCGUUGGAGGCUGCUUACAAUCGCUGUUGUGGAACGUAGCAGAUGAAUAGAGUGCAAAUUUGAUGUUGAUAAGGUGACGCCCGAUGACUGCGACGGGUUCUACUGCAGAUUAACAGUGCUGAGCAGAUGGUGGGGAUGAAAGACAGGUGGGGGAGAAAGAACAGCAAGGCUAAGCCACGUGGACAGCAACCGGGGUUAAGAUGCGUAGUCGGUACAGUGUCUCGGCGAGCCGUAAUCGACGCAGCUUUUCUGUUAGCUGUGAUCCGAGGCUGAUACAAUGGAAACAGAAGAAAUAUUAGGAUGUUGAGAUUGACGUUCAAAG